AUGCCGGAACCGAUGGCCGACACCACGGCCGAGCCGAUCAGCGACAGCACCAGCGGCGGCUUUUCUCUAUCCAUGUGGGUGUCUGGUCACAUCAUCAGAAGACUGGUUUUAGUAUCAAGCGACCAGUUUCACAUUGUAAAGUGGAAUGUUGAAGAAGAGGCGGCCACGAACAACCCGCGGACCGCCGCCGACCUCUUGCGUGGGGUCCGCGAGCAGGUCGCGGACAUCGACCCCGCUGCCGAGGCAAUUAAUACCUUGCUUCACCGCGUCAUGUGGCGCUACACCAAGGCCCACAUGCAGUCGACACGCGAGGACCUGUCCGAGGGGCAAUUGGUCGGCGAGGCCCGGCUUCACGAGGACUUCCUCGCGCAGAUCGGCUCACUCGAGAGCGUCGUGUGCAAGUGCACGAGGAAAGCGAGGGCGUGGGGGAGGCUUUCCAACGGCGGGUACAGCUCCACAAACGCGAAGGCAUUCCAGGAAGGGUGA